CAAAAAGUGAAUCGAAAUAAAUAAAAGAAAAAAUAUUCAACUUUGGUUGCUACAAUAAAAUUUAACUUUGUUAUUUUGUAGGUUAUGGGCAACACAAAGUUGGAUAUUCUAGCCUGUCCGAUUUGUUACGAACGAGUUACUUGGAAUGUUAAACGUGCGCAGUGUAAGACAUGUAGGAAAUUAUACUCUGCGAAUAAUAUCUCACAUAUGGACCUAACAAUUACUGGCGCUAGUGAAAAUUUGUCUACUGAACCUUUGCCUGCUUCUAUUCAGCUUUUCAGGUUACCUUUAAUCUCAUACCUCUAUGAAAGAGGUUGGCGGCAAUGUUUUUAUUUUGGUGGAUUUCCAGGUCCAGAAAAGGAGUUCGAAAUGAUCAAGGACUACGUCAAACCAGUCUUAGGUGGUAAUAUUAUUGACGCCAGCUGUGGAAGCGGCAUUUUUUCCCGACUUUUUGCCCAAAGCGGAUUAUUUUCUCAUGUCGUGGCUUUGGACUUUUCUGAGACGAUGCUUAAGCAAUGUUUCGAGUUUAUUAAGCGGGAAAAUAACUUUCCCGAAGAGAGUUUGACUUUGGUCAAAGCUGAUAUCUCGAGGCUACCGUUUGUUUCGGGCAGCGUUGAUGCCGUUCAUGCUGGUGCUGCUUUGCACUGUUGGCCUUCGCCAUUGACAGCUGUAGCAGAAAUAAGUCGUGUUCUAAAGCCCGGUGGUUUGUUCGUUGCUACAACAUUUGUUUUCGAUGUUGUUCCUCAAAUUUGUUCACUAAUUAGACCUCUGCGCCAGAGCUCAAUUCCUGAAGUUAUAGUGAAAUUAAUGGCGAUUUCGACAGUAUCAGGUGCCUUGCUACCAAGACAACUCAGCUCAAACCCAGUACGGCGCCGUUUUUCUGUACUAAAGUCUUCUCAGCUCAUGCCUUUUAAUGGCCGUCUGUUCGCCCAUAAAGUCUGCGCUUCAUCAGCUGCCGCCGUCGAAACCAAGCCAUUUUUACUAUUUGGCGCUUGUUUUGAUCAUAACGUCUUGAGGUUUCAAAAUUUUAGUGAGACUGGGAUUGGAGCUAGUGGAUAUAGGAAUACCCCAAAGGAAUAUAUAGCUCGGUCUUCUUUGCAGUGCAGUGUGUGCAGAAAAUCAUACUCUAGAAAGGAUUCAUAUUUUGACCUGACCAUAACUGGUGGAGGCAAGUUGUAUGGGGAGCUUAAGGCAGCCUCUACAGAGCUUUUCAGGUUUCCUCUGGUAUCGUUUUUGUAUGAAAGAGGUUGGCGGCAAAGUUUCUCACUUGGAGGUGGUUUUCCAGGUCCAGAAAAGGAGUUUGAAAUGAUAAAGGAUUAUCUCAAACCAGUCUUAGGUGGUAAUAUUGUAGACGCAAGCUGUGGAAGCGGUAUGUUUUCCCGCCUUUUUGCAAAAAGUGGAUUGUUCUUGAAUGUCGUGGCCUUGGACUUCUCUGAGGCAAUGCUUAAGCAAUGUUACGAUUUUGUUAAGGAGGAGAACAACUUUCCUGAAGAGAACUUAAUUAUGGUUAGAGCUGAUAUAUCAAGGCUGCCGUUUGCAACAAGUAGCGUGGAUGCUGUGCAUGCCGGUGCUGCUUUGCACUGUUGGCCUUCGCCAUCUGCAGCUGUUGCAGAAAUAAGCCGUGUUUUGAAACCUGGAGGGAUAUUUGUUGCCACAACUUACAUAGUGGACGGUCCCCUUUCAUAUAUUCCUCUACGUGCCCCUAUGCGUCAGAUUGUUGCACAACUGUCAGGCAGUCGUGUAUUUUUAAGCGAGGCUGAACUCGAGGAUCUGUGUACGUCUACCGGACUUGUAAACUUCACUUGCAUCAGAAAUAGACUCUUUGUGAUGGUAUCAGCCAUGAAACCUGUGCAGUCGUAAGAAGCCUCAUCUCUUGUUCUAUAUUAAAUCAAAUGUGUGGUGGAUGGGAUAGAAUAUAGAUAUACAUUUGGAUUUAGCCCUGUUGUAUUUGUUUAUUUAAUACCUAGUCAUAUCAUAUAUAUAUA